GUCCGCAGGCGGGGGAGGGGCCGCGCGCUCCCCGGGCCGGGGCUGGGGUCGGGCCGGGGUCGGCGGCUCCCGACUCCCUGGAGGGCGGCCCCAGGACGGAGAGAGCGGGAGGCCGGAGGGCCCCAGCGGCGGCCGGGCGACGGCGCGGAGCAGGCUUUGCCCACGCGGUGGCCCCGGCUGAUCCCGGGCGCCCGGUCCUCGCGGCGCAGCGCCCACGGGGUCGGUGGCGGGGGCGGCGCCCGGGCCGGCCAUGAGCUCGCCGCCGCCCGCCCGCAGGGGCUUCUACCGCCAGGAGGUGACCAAGACGGCCUGGGAGGUGCGCGCCGUGUACCAGGACCUGCAGCCCGUGGGCUCGGGCGCCUACGGCGCGGUGUGCUCGGCCGUGGACAGCCGCACUGGCGCCAAGGUGGCCAUCAAGAAGCUGUACCGGCCCUUCCAGUCGGAGCUGUACGCCAAGCGCGCCUACCGCGAGCUGCGUCUCCUCAAGCACAUGCGCCACGAGAACGUCAUCGGGCUGCUGGAUGUGUUCACUCCUGAUGAAACCCUGGAUGAUUUCACAGACUUUUACCUGGUGAUGCCGUUCAUGGGGACUGACCUGGGCAAGCUCAUGAAGCACGAGAAGCUGAGUGAGGACCGAAUCCAGUUCCUCGUCUACCAGAUGCUGAAGGGGCUAAAGUAUAUCCAUGCUGCUGGCAUCAUCCACAGGGACCUGAAGCCCGGCAAUCUGGCGGUGAACGAGGACUGUGAGCUGAAGAUCCUGGACUUUGGCCUGGCGAGGCAGGCCGACAGCGAGAUGACCGGGUAUGUGGUGACCCGGUGGUACCGGGCACCUGAGGUCAUCUUGAAUUGGACGCGCUACACGCAGACAGUGGACAUCUGGUCGGCGGGCUGCAUCAUGGCAGAGAUGAUCACAGGGAAGACGCUGUUCAAGGGCAGUGACCACCUGGACCAGCUGAAGGAGAUCAUGAAGGUGACCGGGACGCCUCCUGCCGAGUUUGUUCAGAGGCUGCAGAGUGCCGAUGCGAAGAACUACAUGAAGGGCCUCCCCGAGCUGGAGAAGAAGGAUUUUGCCUCCAUCCUGACUAAUGCAAGCCCUCUGGCCCUCCCUGUAGCCGUGAACCUUCUGGAGAAAAUGCUGGUGCUGGAUGCAGAGCGGCGGGUGACUGCGGCUGAGGCGCUGACCCACCCCUACUUCGAGUCACUACAGGACACGGAGGACGAGCCCACGGCCCAGAAGUACGACGAGUCCUUUGAUGAUAUGGAUCACACGCUGGACGACUGGAAGCGUGUCACAUAUAAAGAAGUGCUCAGCUUCAAGCCUCCCCGGCAGCUGGGGACCAAGGUCUCCAAGGAGACGGCUCUGUGAAGACCCGUGGGCCCUGAGAGGUGGUGAGGAUGCCUUGGGGAUCCUGGCUGGGGCUCCUACCUGGAAGGGCAAUCCUAACGAUCACUGUGACUUGGCUGAGGCUUAUGUCCCAGGAGACCUCGGGUUCCACGGAUGCCCCCACCCGCCCAAGGCUGUUACCUCGCUCUCAAGGUUUCCACUUCAGUCUAAACUUGGGGGAACAUCUGGACCUUCUGGACAGGAUGUCAGACUGAUUGGGGACUGGCCUCUGACUCCCUGAGCGGUGGUCCCCUCCCCCAGGUGCAACAACAAGCCUCAGAGCCUGUGUGGAGCUGGGGGGUGAGGCUUGGGGUCAAGGCCUGGCCUCUGACCUUGCCUGCUCCAGCCCCUGCUGAAGCCCAGCUGAAACAGCUGAGAAAGGACAGGGCGGGCGCACAGUGCCUACUCAGGGAUGUCUGUCCUGGGGGGUGUGGCUGUGGACUCCCCUGCACCCCCAGCCCAGAAUGGGCCCACACAGCUGGAAGGAAUAAACCCUUUUGUAGAGAGCGCACUUUGGCUUUUCCAA